GCAUUACUACGUCGUAUGUGUACGAUUCAGUGUAGAUAGUGAAGCUUCAAUUCUGCUGCACAAAACUGUAAACAAAACCAAGAAUUACAUCCGUUUUUACUUCCGCAAUGUGCUAAAUUUCUUUGUCUUUGGGUUGGUCGCAAUACUGGCAUCGUCGUCGGACUCAGACAGCGGUGGGUUGUCUCCUCCACCGGUGAAAAAACAACGCCUUUCUGCGGCCGCAAUGCAGGCCAAUGCCACUUCAGCAGGGCCCGGCUCGACCGCAGCGGUACACAAUGGAGACACUGUGCUGAACAGCAACGGGGCAAAUAUGGCCUCGGAGCCGGUCAGUAAUGGCGAGGCGGCCCGUGCUGCAGGACCGUCUUCUUCCGAUGGAAUUGCCCGUAAUCCCCGGGCCAAGCAGCUGUCCCAAUGUGACAGAGACAUUGUGAGACUUAUUGGGCAACAUUUAAAAGAACUGGGCCUGAACCAGACAGUGGAGCAGCUCAUGCUGGAGUCGGAUUGCAGACUGGAAGAUCCAUCUGCUUCAAAGUUCCGUUCCCAUGUCAUGGCUGGGGAAUUCAGCAAGGCUGAAGAAGAUUUAGAGGAGCUGACACCCCAGAUGUCUUGCCCACAAAGUCUAAUGAAGAUGAAGUUCUUGCUUCUGGAGCAGAAGUACUUGGAGUAUCUCGAGGAGACUAAAAUAUUAGAAGCUUUACAGUGUCUACGCCAAGAGCUGACUCCGCUCAAGUUCAAUACAGAAAGAGUUCAUGUACUCAGUGGAUUUCUAAUGUGUACGAGUAAUGAGGAGCUACAUAGGAGGGCUGACUGGGCUGGUAAGGGUCAGGCUUCAAGGAUUAAACUGAUGGAACAGCUACAAGCUUUCUUGCCUCCAUCAGUGAUGCUACCCCCUAGACGGUUAUACACCCUCCUCAGUCAGGCAGUAGAGCUACAGAAGCACCGCUGCCCGUAUCAUAACACCUCUAUCAAGAAUGAUGAUUCUCUUCAAACAGUCUCGCUACUGCAUGAUCAUAUAUGCAGUCGAAACCAGUUUCCAUCUAAAGCCAGACAGGUUCUUCAUGACCACUGCGAUGAGGUCUGGUUCUGUAAAUUUUCUCCUGAUGGUAACAAAUUGGCUACAGGGUCUAAGGAUACCACCGUUAUCAUAUGGGAUGUGAAUAAGGAAACAUUAGAGUUAAAAGCUGUCAGAACACUUGAGGGGCACUCCUAUGGUGUGUCUUUCCUAGCCUGGAGCCCAGACAGCAAGUAUCUGAUAGCCUGUGGACCAGAAGACUGCUCAGAGCUAUGGGUCUGGAAUGUAGAGACAGGAGACAGUAAAACUAAAAUCAGUCAGUCUCCUGAGGAUAGUCUAACCAGCGCAUCUUGGAAUGUGGAUUGUAAACGCUUUGUGUCUGGAGGCACAAGAGGGCAGUUCUAUCAAUGCGAUUUAGACGGCAAUGUACUGGAUUCCUGGGAGGGUGUUAGGGUCCAAUGCCUGUGUAUGAAAGGAGACACUAGCACCGUCCUAGCAGCAGACACACACCAUCGCAUCAGAGCCUACAACUUUGAGGAUCUCACGGACCAACAUGUAAUCCAAGAAGACCAUUCAAUAAUGUCAUUCACCAUCAGCACCAACCAGCGGCAAGCUCUGCUGAGUGUAGCCUACCAAGGGGUUCAUCUCUGGGACAUCAAGGAUAAAGUCCUGGUGCGCAAGUUUCAGGGAGUCACCCACGGGUUUUACACCAUCCAUUCAUGCUUUGGAGGUGUCAAUGAGAAGUUCAUAGCAAGCGGAAGUGAAGAUAACAACGUAUACAUUUGGCACAUCAAGGAUGAGAUGCCUAUUGCUGUACUACAGGGGCAUACAAGGACAGUCAACUGUGUAUCCUGGAAUCCAGUGCUUCCAAACAUGCUUGUCAGUGUAUCAGAUGAUUGUACCAUAAGAGUCUGGGGACCUGAUGACUCCGAUGGUGAUGGCAGUACGGAGGUAUGAUGUUAAACCUUAAGGGUGAUGGGAUGAACUCUUAGGCUCCUCACCCUUCUUAAUACCUACCAAGACAAGCGUGAGAUGACAUCGUCGUAUUAUACCAAACUCGCUUUAGACUAUUCCUGUGUUUUUUUUUAUACACAAAUGUUUUUAGGUGGUAGAGUUGACGGACGGAGACAAUACAGUAUUGGGGUACCCCAUCAAUUGAUGGAAAUGUUCUGUGGAGGAAGUCACAGCUAUUCCAGCAUGAUGAUGAUUAAUAUGGAAAGGACUGUGUACUUAUUGAGAGAGCGGAUUGCUGCUUUUUUUUCCAAACUGCCGACGCUUUUCUUCACGAUGACGUGGUGUGGACUCAGGACUGUACCUUUAAUACGCAGGGCAAAACAUCUACAUUUUUCGCAGUAUGCAGAACAUGUUGUGCAUGCUACACGUUGAACGAUUGAAUGUUUUGAAUGAACUCAGAGUGUUUUUAAAAUCAAUAGAAAACAAAAUGGUGUUGAAAGAGAGUGUGUUUCAUCAUGGCUGAUAAAGCGACUGAUUUGGGGGAUAAUGCUGCAUUUUGUAAUGAGACUGUAAUCUGCUGGACCGAUAGCUAAAUGGAGGAGCAAAGAAGCAUGGAUAGGAGUUGUUGCCUAUUACAUUGCACCUGUUUUUACCUCGGCAGUGACUUAUUUUUCAAAGGGAGGCUGCGACACAUGCUAGCAGCAGCAAAACAGAAGGCUUAGAAUUAUUCUGUAACACUGCAGCUUCUUUCUGACACGCUGAGGCACGGCAAGAGUUGCUUGUUCUUUUGUAUGGAGAAUGGAGACUAUGUUGGACCAACACUAAGUAUGGACUGGACUGAGUAGUUUAUGUGUCUCACUGCGUUUUAAAAAACAAAACCAACCAUUACUUGUAUUAAUUCAUCUACGAAAUUUUCUCAAUGUGGACAAGUCUAUAUGUAGAAUCUGGUAUAUAAGUUGGGUUAUUUUUAAUUCUGUGUUUUCCCUCCAAUCCUUUUUGAGAGUUGACGUACGGGUGGAGAUGAUGAACAGAAACAGCGCCCUCUUCAGCUUGGUGGUAGGAUCAGGAACUGAUACAAUAGAUUAUAAAGGGUAUCGGUAGUUGUUACCUCUCCUGACCUCGCCUCGCAUUUUGCAUAGAGAUCAAGGGAGAUCGCGACUUGCAGUGAUCCCUUAGAUUCUACCAUUCCUUCACGGAUGUGUCGUCUUGUGUAAUUAUUACAAUUAUGUAGGUUCAUGUUGCAGUCAUGUGCAUGUAGGACCUCACCACAAAAAAAAAGAAGAGUUGUAUUUGUACAUUUGUACAGAUCUAUGUGGCUUUAUUAAGGUAGUAUUUUAUUAGUGCUAGGUCUACGUUAUAAUUCUUGAUGAUUAUUCAGUGUAUGGUACACCCAAGCAUGCAAGUUUUGUAUUAAAAAAAAGAAGUCAAAAUCAUGUGAUGGCUGCAGGAAAAACGAGAUGGAUCGAGUUGAUUAUCCCCCCUUAAAAUUAUUUGAUUUGAAACAUUUCAGAUAAAUUUCAAGACGUGUCAAAUGCUCCUUGACAAGACCGUUGACUAGAUCCACUGAGGUUUUUCAAGCAAGUAGGGGGGGGGGGGGGGGCCAAUCAAACCGUCUUCUACAGUAAACCCCAAUGAUUUUGAGGGAUGAAUAAAUUAUGCCAGCCUGCAUAAUAUCAUGUGGUGAAUGCUUGUAUAUGUACACAGUUCACAGAUAGUUUGGGUACCAUACACAAGUGCAUUUAAACGAUUUCAAAUGAUUGGUCAUGACUUACUGGAAAGUGAUAACAAGAGUAGGAGGGCUAAGUUGGAUUGUUAAUACAUCAGGGCCCAAUUUCACAGCUCUGCUUACUGUAAGUGUAAGCAAAGAAUCAGCGCGUGCAGAAGCAGGGAAUUCUGUGCUUGCUUCAAGCGUAAUUCAUUGGUUAGCUGGAUACUUUGGCUUGUGACAGCCUUCCUCCAUGUUACUAGGCACUCUUCGCUUACACAGCUAGAAAUUGGGCGCUUGCAUAGUAAGCGGAGAAUAGUGAUCGUGAAUGCAGAAUUUGGCCUUAAGCAAAGCCAUGAAAUUGGGCCCUGCUCAUCUUAGGAGUGAUUUGAAUUCAAUGGAAACUUCUAGUAAUAAAACAUUUCUCCAACUGACUGGAUGCUCAA